AAUAGUAUCUGCAAUUCUCUGCCAACCUCGCCCGCACGUAUGUAGAGGGAGGAGGUCAGAAGGGCAGAGCCAAAGACGAUGGCUAUGUCCACAGUCUCCGUAACAUCCCUACAAUCUCUUCCACCUCUCUCGAUUUCCUCUCUAAAAUCUCCCAAUUUCCCUUCCCGCCAAUUCCCUACUCUUUACUCUCCUAAGUCAACUAAUAUUUCCACUCUCACUACCACUUCUACGAGUAUCGCUACCGCGCGUCUCUUAGUGCGAGCCUUCUCCUCCGAUUUCGGCGCGAAAAUCGGUGAAACCCUCGGGGACGUUACCAUUUUCACAGCCGCUGGUGAGCCCGUCAUGCUUAAGGAUCUCUGGGACCAAAACGAGGGAAUGGCUGUGGUUGCUCUUCUGAGGCAUUUUGGAUGCCCUUGCUGUUGGGAACUUGCUUCAGCAUUAAAAGAAUCCAAAUCAAAAUUUGACUCAGCUGGCGUCAAACUUAUUGCAAUUGGUGUUGGUGCGCCUAAUAAAGCUCGCAUCCUCGCGGAACGGUUACCGUUUCCGAUGGAUUGCCUUUACGCUGAUCCUGACCGCAAGGCCUAUGAUGUAUUGGGACUAUACUAUGGCAUUGGACGUACAUUCUUCAAUCCUGCUAGUGCUAAGGUGUUCUCAAGGUUUGAUGCUCUGCGAAAAGCUGUCAAAAACUACACUGUUGAAGCCACUCCAGAUGAGAGAAGUGGUGUUCUGCAACAGGGAGGGAUGUUCUUAUUUAAAGGGAAGGAGUUAUUAUAUGCCAGGAAAGAUGAAGGGACAGGCGACCAUGCUCCCUUGGAUGAUGUCUUUGACAUCUGCUGCAAGGUCACAGCUGCAUGAAGCUUUGGUGAGAGGAAACCUUUCAAAUACAGGGUGAUGAGCUGCAUCAAAUAAUGUUGUUUCAUAACUACUGCCAAGUUUUGCAACUUGCAAGAAAGUGCUGCCUAUAAAUUCUCAUGUGAAGUAUUAAUGUAAUUAUCUUCUGCCAGCCUAGAUUGGUUAGUAUAAGCUCUGAUUCCUAGUGUACAUAUACAGUUCUACAAUUCUAUACGGUACGUGCACAAAUUGUUCAUAUUGGUAGCACUUUUUAUGUACAUUACAAGCUAAUAAAACAAGUCUGAAUUAUACCCUUAAGAAGGGGGAUGUUAUGAUAAUAAGAAGUAUGGGAGCUGAAGGAAUGUAUAGGGGAAAUAACUGUUAUGGGCAAUUGUAAAUAGAAGGAAAUAACUGAAGGUUGUUCAUAAGUCAGACUUAGUUGAGAGGUUGACUAUAAAUAGAACUGUAAUAUGAGAAAGGAGUCAGUUAUGAUCAAUAAAGAAAAUAUUAUUCUUCCCUCAUCUAUUCUCUCUCUCUAUUUCUCUUCCCUAUUUAUUCUAUUAUCUCAUCUCCUUUCUUUUUCAUUCUUGGGGCAAAAACCCUAACUUAAGGAUUAUGUGACAAAUUGGUAUCAGAGCCCUGAUCUAAGUUGGGUUUGCUUCCAAUAUUUUCUGCUGGAGUCACAACUCCAAGCAGAUUCAUGGGAGUCUUCCAAAAUUCCAGGUUUUUUCCUGCUCUUCUCUCUUUCUCUUCUUCUCUCUAUUCCUUCUUUUCUUCUUCCUUGAAAUUUCUUCCCUUUCUUCCCUCUAUUUCUUCUUCAUUCUCUCCCUGAAAUUUCUUCCCUUUCUCACCUCUAUUUCUUCUUAUUCUUUCUUUCUUGAAAUUCUUGAAUCAAAUUCUUUCUUCUUCUGUUACUUUCUUGUUCUUUCUUCUAUUCCCUUCUUUAAUUUCUCAUCUCCAGCAUUUCAAGAAACCAGUUUCUUGAAAUUCUUGAAUCAAAUUCUGUCUUCUUCUGUUACUUUCUUGUUCUUUCUUCUAUUCCCUUCUUUAAUUUAUCAUCUCCAGCAUUUCAAGAAACCAGUUUCUUGAAAUUCUUGAAAUUUUUCUUCUUCUUCCACCUUUUCCCUAAUUUCUUCUUUCUUGAGAACCAGACUUCUCCCUAACUUUUUUUUCCUCAAUUUCUGUAUUUCCAAUUUCUGCCCUGUUAGGGUUUUUUUUCUCUAUUCUUUCUUGAAAUUUUUGAAAUCCUUAUUUCUGCCUCAACUUUUAUUCCCCUGUUCUUAUAAUUUUUCUUCUCGGAUAACAAAAUUUUCUGACAUCUUACCCAACCUUCUACAAGAUGAUCAUGGAAAGACCAUCCUUGGGAACAAAAGUUACUCGCGAGGAUUAUGGAAGUUGUGGAAAGAGGACUAAAAAGCCAAGAAGAAUUGUUGUUACAAAAAUUAGAGAAAUAUGAGAAGUCAUUUCAAGAGAAAAUAGAUAAAGUGAUGGAAGCAAUUCAAGUGGUAAAGAAGAAUGUGGUAAUUGAGGAUCCACUUCUUGAAAAUUCGAGUUAAGAACAAGAUGCCCUUGACGAAACUUCCAAUAAGAAAGAUAAGUGCACUAAGGUGGAGCAGGAACAAGAUCUUAUUUCUGGUUUGUCUAGUGCAAGAGAGGACUAUGAGGAGGAGAAGGAUGAGAAUGGCGAUGAUAAGAAACUAGAGUUUGCGAUGGGGAAUGAAAAAGGUAAAACUGAAAUUCUUGCCACAGAAAUUUUUGAAAACAAGAAAGAUAAAGGAGUUAUAAAAAGUGUGGGUACUAUAAAGAAGUGGCAGAAUUUUAGAAGCCAAUAUGGUGAGUUUAACUGUUGUAAUCCCAUAAGCCUUAUGGAAGAUGAAUGGAAAAUAUCAAGAAGGGAAAGAAAGAAAGUUCAGCCAUCAAAAGGUGUUGUGAUCUUGAAGGAACAAGCAUGGGAAAUCUGGAGAAGAAAAAGGAAAAAAUUCACUUCCACAUUUUGAUUCUUUCUUUUAGGUUAUUUUCAGCUGUUGCGAUAUAUGUUCAUUUUCUGGAUAUGGAGGCAAUAGUUUUCUGGUCAAAAUAGCAAGGAAACUACUCAUAUGUUCAUUUCCUAAUUCAAGAUUUUGGUCUGUCCUUUCAGUGUUAUAGUUUCAGCUCUCCUUAUUCAUUCUUGAGGACAAGAAUUAUCUCAAGAAGUGGGGAAUGUUAUGAUAAUAAGAAGUAUAGGAGCUGAAGGAAUGUAUAGGGGAAAUAACUGUUAUGGGCAAUUGUAAAUAGAAGGAAAUAACUGAAGGUUGUUCAUAAGUCAGACUUAGUUGAGAGGUUGACUAUAAAUAGAACUGUAAUAUGAGAAAGGAGUCAGUUAUGAUCAAUAAAGAAAAUAUUAUUCUUCCCUCA